AUGUUAUCCGAAGUUGCUCAUUUCCUUCGUUUGCGGAUAGGCCGACUUUUCCGCUUUUCUGAGCGCGUGAACCCCGUCUACACAGCAACGUUGCUAAUCUUCCAAUUUUCCUUAGCUUUAGUUACAUCACUAGUUGUACCACUAGUGGUAAGGAGACUUGCACUCCCAUCGUCUAUUGAAAAUGAGAUUGAUUUAAAUCUUUCAUUCAGUACUUGUAGAAGCGACCUCCACGGUGUAUGCUCUUUUCCAUCUGCAGCGGUAGAAUACGAAAAGGGAACACUGUUUUCACCAACCGUAGAAUAUUCUCUAUCAAUUCGGCUUCGAUUCGUUGAUAAUGACCAAGGACGUAGAUUAGGAUUUUUCCAAAAUGUUUUGUCUUUCCACAACGAGAACCAACAACUAAAAACUUACACGAAAACAUCUUACUUGAGGGAGCCAAGCCUUUUUACUAAGGCACUAUGGGUGUUUUUCUUUCCGCUAUAUUUCACCGGAUUUUUUCAUGAUUACAAUUCUUUGGAUAUUCUUAUGACGUCUUCCCACAUUGAGACGUUAACUCAUCCUUCAACAAAGCUUUUCUAUGAACUUCAGGACCGUUUUGCGCAGGUUGACAGUGCGAGCCUUGUGAUUGGAGCACAAUUUGGAAUUAUUCGAUAUUUGCUAUACAAUUGGCCAAUUACUACAUCUUUGAUUCUAUUUCUUGGUUCCUUCUCAGUAUGCUUUUCCUCUAUCAUUUGUUACUGGGGAGUGAAAAGCUUUCUUGGAGAUUCAGAGACUCAUAAUGCUGAGACUGCGUUUUCCCUUCUCCCAAGAAGUUUCUCAAAGGACGUAGGGCUGAAUGGAAAAUCAACCAUGAUUCGCCCAAAAGUUCCUCAUGAUGAGUACAUUCCUGAUAAUGUGGACGAAGUUCCUUCCUCUGUCAACUUUUCUGAGGUUCCUGGAUGGGAAGUCUUGCCGUCUCAGAACAACUUUGACGAUGUCACGAAUAGCAAUAUACGCCGUCGAAAAUGA